ACGAGGCUUUCCCCUCUGAGCGACAGACAGGAUCAGCUUGCGCUGGUGUCGGUAAAACUAUUACUGGGAGCGAACAGCAACAGGCACAGGAAGUAGGAAUCACAGCCACAGGAGGAGAAGAUGACAUGAUAUUGACUCCGCCAGGAUCGUUUACCACGAGGAAAAAUGCGUUUGCAGUACAGCACAGAGGAGCAGGGAACAAAAACACUAACAACUUGUUUAAGGCUCCACCUUAAUGAUCCAUCUCGAACUUACAACUAGAGGUAUCAAGUAAUCCGAAUCAGAAGAAGCACAUUAUAUAUAAAUAUAUGCAUAGCUCAUUUGACUGACUUUCCAGAGGGAAAGGAGCCAGCCCCUAGCGCUAGUACAAACACAGAAAGUGAUUUUUCUUUUUGAGUACAAAUUCUAGUAAGUGAAUUUAUUCGGGAUGAAGACCUUCUACUUCUAGAUCUAAUGCCAACGACAACGUGAAGGUUUCAUCACAUCAAUGCUCAACAAGUCCUCUGCUGGACAAAACUAGCCCACAUAGUUGUAUCGGUGACGCCAUGUCUCCGGGAUUUUGCGACGUCUCCAGCAUUCACGAGGAUUCGUUGAUCGAUUUGGUAGAACAUCUUUCGCCGAGUACGAAGGGCGCGCGACCUCCGCAGGUACUGGACUCGAUAGACGAAAUCAAACAACACCACCCACCAGACGGAUGCGACCAGGACGAGUUUGAUCUUCAUGAUGCAGGUGAAGAUCUUUGUCCUCAGGACUACGUAUUGAGGACGCCGUCACCGAUUUCUCGUGCUG